CUCAGUGGUGGUAAAGUUGGGGGCGGAGAAGCCGAGUGGCUGGGAAAUGAUGGCUGAUGAAGAGGAAGAAGUCAAACAAAUCUUGCAGAAAUUGCAGGAACUAGUGGAUCAUCUCUAUUCAUUCCGAGACUGCUAUUUCGAGAGUCACAGUAUUGAGGAUGCUGGGAAGAAGCAACAGGAUGUGCGAGAGGAGAUGGACAGAACCUUGCAACAAAUGCAGGAAGUAGUGGGUUCUGCCCAGGGCAAGGCACAGGUUCUGAUGCUGACUGGGAAGGCACUGAAUGUUACUCCUGACUAUAGCCCCAAAGCGGAGGAGCUUUUGUCAAAAGCUGUGAAGCUGGAACCCGAGCUGGUGGAAGCCUGGAACCAGCUGGGUGAAGUGUACUGGAAGAAAGGGGAUGUAGCAGCUGCCCACACCUGCUUCUCAGGAGCCCUCACUCAUUGCAAGAACAAAGUCUCCCACCAAAACCUGUCCAUGGUGCUUCGCCAACUGCGAACUGACUCUGGAGAUGAACACUCUCGCCAUGUCAUGGACAGUGUCCAGCAGGCUAAGUUGGCUGUGCAGAUGGAUAUUCAUGAUGGGCGUUCCUGGUAUAUAUUGGGGAAUGCAUACCUUUCUCUUUACUUCAGCACUGGCCAGAACCCUAAGAUCUCCCAGCAAGCCCUCAGUGCCUAUGCCCAAGCAGAGAAGGUUGACAGGACAGCUUCCAGCAAUCCUGAUCUCCAUCUGAACAGGGCAACGUUACAUAAAUACGAAGAGAACUAUGGGGAGGCCCUGGAAGGCUUCUCUCGUGCUGCAGUACUGGACCCUGCCUGGCCAGAACCGCGACAACGGGAACAGCAACUCCUGGAAUUCCUGAAUAGAUUAACCAGCCUCCUGGAGAGCAAGGGGAAGGUGAAGACCAAGAAGUUGCAGAGCAUGCUUGGAAGCUUGCGCUCAGCCCACCUUGGUCCCUGUGGUGAUGGGCGCUAUCAGGCAGCCUCUGGGCAGAAGGUCACCCUGGAGCUCAAGCCACUGAGUGCGCUGCAGCCUGGUGUCAACAGCGGUGCUGUGGUGCUGGGCAAGGUGGUGUUCAGUCUUACUACUGAGGAGAAGGUCCCCUUUACAUUUGGCCUGGUAGACUCGGAUGGGCCUUGCUAUGCAGUGAUGGUGUAUAAUGUGGUGCAGAGCUGGGGAGUGCUCAUUGGGGACUCUGUAGCCAUUCCUGAACCCAGCCUUCGGCUCCACCGAAUUCAGCACAAGGGAAAGGACUAUACCUUCUCCAGUGUCCGUGUGGAGACCCCCCUCCUGCUCGUGGUGAACGGAAAGCCUCAGGUCUCCAGCAGCCAGGCUGCCGCCACUGUGGCAUCUCGGCCACAGUGUGAAUGACCUUCCCUCACCGGCCGGCCUGAGAGGGAGGAGAGGCGAGGCGCUCCGUUCCCGGGUGCUGGGCAGCUGGACUGGACUCAGCCAGUGACUCCGUUGGGACGGGGAGAUGUUUUAGAUGAAGACUUGCCCUUUCUCUGCCCUGUAAGACGUUUGUGUUCCCUCUUUGCUCUUCUGUCCCAGCUCUCUCAGGGACGCUGCGCUCUCCGGUACAGCUCCUCUGCGCUUCUGCCUGUUAGAGGUGUUGGGAUUGUGCCAUGGGACAAAGUCCUCGCGGUUCCUGUUACCUCUUCCCUGAGCCUCAUGUGUAUAUAUCAUUUCAAUAUUUAUUGCUAAAGGAGGGGGCUAAAUUUUUUUAAUGGCUUUUUCUUUUUUUAAUUUUUAAAAUUUAGAUUCUUCCCCUUCUUUGGGGUCAGAAAAAAAAUAAACUCAUUUGGA